GCGUUUAACUGAACCCGCCCAACGCACCACCAGAGAAGACGAACUGCUGAAUACACCAGCAAUAUUAACGCAUGAGAAUUACUUCUUUAUAACGUCUUUAAAGGAUGUUAUAAUCUAGACUUUAUAUAUUGAAUCAUAAACAUACACAUUGUGACAUGAGCGUAUUUGGAUGAAAUAGAGCUCAAUCGUUAUCUCUCUCUGUAAAUAUACGAGUUGGAAUAGCUAACGCGUUGAUUUAGUGCUGUAUGUGUUUUUAACGCGGUCUCUUAACCAGGCGUGAAUAUAGACUAAACAAGUGGCUAUGUGUGUCGUUGUGGAAACCGGUUUGGCGUGAAUGGGAAUACUGGGAAGCGGGAUGGCACUGUGGUGGAGGAUAGUGCUGAUGGCUCUGCUGUGGGAGUUCCAGAGUGUUGUGUGUCGUGAGGUGACUCUUCCACCAGGUCCAUUGUACCGUGUAGCAGGGUUCUCCAUGUCUCUGCCCUGCACUGUUUCAGGGUAUGAGGGUCCAAGAACACAGGACUUUGAAUGGUUCUUGUUCCGUGAGACUUCACCAGAAAUGCAGCUCGGGGUUGUGUCCACUAGAGAUAGAGGCUUUCCCUAUGCCCCUUACCUGGGGCGAGUGAAAUCAGGCGAGGUCCGGGUGGAGAGGGACUCAGGUGACAAAGCCAGACUGGUGAUUCAGAGACUUCGUCCAGAAGAUCAGGGACGUUAUGAGUGUUACACACCAAGCACUGACACACGAUACCAAGGCAGCUACAAUGCAGCUGUGGUUGUCAAAGUGAUACCAGACACAUUGCUGAUAACUCACUCUCGCAUUCUGACUGGCCAGCCUGUCAUAGAAGGGACAGAGCUUCAGCUGACAUGCGCUGCUUCUGUCCAGUCAGCGCAGCACACACAUUUGUCUGUCACGUUUGGGAUGCGAGGCAGCACCGACUCUGGCUCUCUGGGCCACAAUCUGAAGGAAAUCAUCUCCAUCGACCGUGAGCUGCGUGUAACUCCUGGCCGGGGAGGCUCUUAUGAGAAGAGGUACAAUAAUGGCGAGAUUUCUCUGGAGAAGAGAAGUGGAGAUGAAGAUAGGGACCUUUACAUUCUAAAGAUAAGCAUGCUGGCCUUGGAGGAUUCUGGUUCGUAUUUCUGUGAGGCAGCACAGUGGGUCUUGGACCCAUCAGGCCAAUGGGAACGCAUCGCCCAGAGAACCAUGGAACUGGGAAACCUCUCCGUGCAACCACUUGCGGACACUCUGUCUGUGAGCACAGUGCCAGUGGGUGAGGUGGCACUGCAACCUGGGUCCCCUCUCAGCCUCACAUGUCUGGUGUCGGGUGCGGGUUCGUGGAAUCGCUCGGCUCUGCUGGUGCAGUGGUUGCGGCGUGGGCCAGCAGGAGGAGUGGAAGUGGAGGUGGCCCGCAUGAGCCCCAACGGAGUGGUGAGCUGGGGCGAUGACAUCAGUAGUGGAGGAGGGGGCAGUAUGGAGAAGGGGGCAGAGGGGAGAUUUUCUCUGCGACGCUUCUCUGCGCACCCAGCUGAUGCUGGACAGUACCGCUGUGCUGUGAGUGUGUACGCUGGGCAGCUCAGUCCAGCACCAUCCAGCCCUGCUACACUUACUCAGAGGUCUGAAGGUGUUAUGGUCACCCUCAGGACUAAAGAGGUGAGUGUACUGGCAGUCAUUGAGUUACCACAUCGGCCACUCCUGAAACGCGGGAGCACCGUCACCUUGCUCUGUAAUGUCUCAGUGGUGAUCACAGGCCCCACUCAGGUGGAAGUGCAGUGGUGGCAGGAGAAACGGGAGCUGGAUGGGAAAGAAGACAUGCCCCCAGGACAUGCCAAAGGCAGUAUCCUUGCGACACUGACCUAUGAUGGAUUGUCUCGUAUCUACAGUAAUGGAAGUGAAUUGAGCAUUGACCGUGUUUCUGCUGGAACCUACAGACUACGCAUCUUUUCAGCACAUGAGGAUGACCAAGGGGAUUACCAUUGCCAGGCAGAAGUAUGGACCCAAGACCCCCAUGGAGCCUGGUACAAUACAGGUGCCAGGGCAGAGUCCGCCACGGUACACGUAUAUUUAUAUGCACGAGUUAUGGACCUUCUCCUUAUACCACUGGUAGUUGGUGUCUCCUCUGCCCUGUUUGUGGGUGCAGUCAUCAUCGCCAUGGUAACAUGCUGCUUCAUGAAUCGACUUGCCAGGCAGCGUUCCCAGAUAAGGAAGUAGGAAACAGGCCAGCUUCCCUGCAGCAAUUACCGACAGACCAAUAAUGCAAUUGUAUGGAUAAAAAGAUUAAAUGAAUAUAAUUAAGAGUGUACUUGAUGGAGGAAUGAUGUAUACUGACUUCUGCUGGUAUGUUUGUGAGAGACAGCUCCGACUGUUGGGUUGAACUAUUAAAUCACACGUUCAAAGUGUGCCAACAAGUUCAUGAUUUUCUUCUAAGCCACAAUUAGCCUAAUUGUGUUAGGUAUAAACUUUUAAACAGUCAAAUUUGCAGCAUCCAAAACUUGCCAGCUUUUCGUGUGGCUUUUUUGUUUGUUUCAAAGAAUUGACCAAUUUUUUUCUGUGUAUUUGUUUUUAUAAAUGUGAUGUAAUAUGUUUAACAAAACCUGGAUUUGGUACAAGAAACUAUGUAUAUAUAGUGCUCCUAUAUAGCAUGCCAUAAAUUUUUCACCAUUGUUUUUAUGGUAUUUAUGAAACAAUGAAAAUUAAGCAAAAUGUUGCACUGACCUCUGUGGAGUUAAAGACAAGGCAUCCCAGGUACUUAUACCCUCUUAGCCCACACACAGUUCAUUCUGUACUGUAAUUAAGCAAAGCUUUGAUGAUAGGAAUUAGUUUACAAUGGGUGGAAUAAGCUAAACACUGUGUGUAGCAUCCCAGCAAUUUAGAAAUCAGCUUGGAGCCACUGAAUGAAUAGAACCAUGCCAAUACAGUAGUAGUAUAUAGUUAUAUAGUGAAUUAAACUUGCAGGGAUGAUACACACUGUAAAAUAAAUUCAAUUACCAGAAAGAAUCUUGACCACUUUAUAAACAGUGAAAAUGCUGAUAAAUAUGAUCCGUAUAUUCUACUGCUGAAAGGCUGAUGGGUGCUCUACUUCCACUGCAAUAAAGCCGUACUUGUACGUAACUGCACUUAAGCUGCCAGUAGACACAGCUUGAAAUGUAGAGACUCUAAUUGAAAUGCUGUUGCAAAAUCUGAACGUCUGGUUCAAAUUAGACAAACCUAGACUUCUUAGAUAAAUCGGCAGUACCAUAGUGGGACAAGGACCAAAACGAUACUUAUAUAUAUAUUAAAAAAAAAAAAUUUUAAUCUUGAAAUCUGUGUUUUGAACCUUUUUAUAUUUUGCAUGUUUUCUGUUUUAUUGGGUUUCUUGUGUUACACUGCUAUUAAGUUGGUACUGUGAAAUGGAUUUCUUUAAAAAAAAAAAAAAAAAAAAUUGCUUUGUGUUAUACCUUGUAUGAAUAAGGAGGAUCAUUGUGCACUCAAGUGUUUCCUUUCAGCCUAUUUUAGUGAUUGCUUUUGGUUUUUUUAGAUAACAUAUAGGAUUUAACCACAGUAAGUUGAAAGAAAAAGAAAAAGGAAAGAUGAUGGUGGCUUAGGUCAUGGGUACAGGAAAUAUGAUAUGAGAUGUGAUAUCUCAUGAGAGGCAUGUAUGUCUAGCACUUCUGUCCCUUUUUGGAGAAUUGAUCUGAUUGCUGCUUUCAACUGCGAUUUAGGAAAUAAUAAAGAUCUUUGUGAUUGUUAAUAUGGUGAAUACAUUUGGAAACUUACUAAACACACAUUGCUAUUGCAUGUUGAACUGCUUUGCAAUGUUCAGCUCACAAAUCUGAAGCGGAUUUAUCCUUUCACCCAGCUGGGCCAUGUGACCAUUUCAGUGAGAGUAAUGCAACAUUUUGCUGUCUGUUAAUCCUUCUGUUUACAUUGUAAAGUCACUCUUCUUCCCCCCCAAUAAAUCUGUCACACAAUAUUCUGGAUUUAUUCAGCUGUUCCAUACAGCCUAGUGGCCAUUCGGUUUUCCAUUCUUACGCCGGUGGUUGCUAGAUGGAUUUGCAUAGACAGGCUUGGAAUCUCCUAGCAAGCCCAUGUAAAUGUCAGGCCUCAGAGGUAAUGUACCUGAAAUCACAUAGGCACAAGUGAAUUUACUAUGUAUUGUCUUUUUCUUGUGUUUUUUUAUGUGAAUUAUAAUGAUAAUUAGACUGCCUGUUUUUUGUUUUUAAAGCUAAUGUCUGUGAUUUUGUAAUUUAAUUAGAUGUCCAUAAUCCACUGCAUUUUACAAGUGUUGACAGUGAACUGUGAUUAUUUUCAUUGUCGGUGUCUGUUUGUACUGCGCAAUUGUGGUUUAGGGACAUGAAUAAGUAAUAAAAUUAAGAUAAUAAAAGA